AUGCAUAACCCAGCCCACGUACUGUUUGCCUCUGCCGCCGACGCCGCCGCGCUCUGCGUCCAAAACCUGGCGCGUGCACUCUCCGCCGGCGAUCUCCUACGUCUCCUCCCUUCAUGCGGCACCCUCCCCUCCCUCCGCGUCCUCCACGCGCGCCUCCUCACACACACCCAGGGCCUCCUCCUUGGCAGCCUCCGCGCAAGGACCAAGCUGCUCAGCUGCUAUGCGGCACUGGGCGACCUCGCCUCCGCGCGGAUGGUGUUCGACGGCACCCCACGCCCGGACGCGUACUCCUACGGGGUCAUGCUCUGGUGUCUGGUCCAAGCGGAGCGCCACGCAGAAGCUGUCGCGCUGCACCAGGACAUGAGGCGGCGGCGCCCCUGCCCCGAGGCGCAGGACGACUUCGUGCUGUCGCUCGCGCUCAAGGCCUGUAUCAGGUCCGCGGAUUACGGGUACGGUACGAGGCUGCACUGCGACGCCGUCAAAGUCGGCGGCGCGGACGGUUUCGUGAUGAACAGCUUGGUUGACAUGUACGCGAAAGCUGGGGACUUGGAAUGCGCCCGGAAGGUGUUUGAGAGAAUUCCCGGACGAAAUGUGGUGUCGUGGACCUCGAUGCUCAGCGGGUGCGUUCAGAAUGGUUUUGCUGCAGAUGGACUCCUUCUGUUCAACAAGAUGAGGCAGGACAAUGUGCCUCCCAGUGAGUACACCAUAGCAACUGUUAUCACAGCUUGUUCUGCACUCAUUGGUCUGCACCAAGGGAGGUGGAUGCAUGGAUCAGUGAUCAAACAAGGCUUAAUGUCUAACUCAUUUAUCAGUGCAGCCUUGCUGGAUAUGUAUGUCAAGUGUGGGGAGCUAGAGGAUGCUCAGUGUGUGUUUGAUGAGCUCAGCUACAUUGACCUUGUUCUUUGGACGACGAUGAUUGUGGGGUACACACAGAAUGGGAACCCUCUUGAUGCAUUACGGCUGUUUCUUGACAAGAAGUUUGCAAACAUUGUUCCGAAUUCAGUUACCAUAGCAACAGUUCUUUCAGCUUCUGCUCAAUUACGUGACUUGUCUCUAGGAAGGUCUAUUCAUGGGAUAGCUGUUAAGUUAGGUCUGGUUGAGUAUACUGUGGUGGUGAAUGCGUUAGUUGACAUGUACGCGAAGUGUCAAGCUGUGUCAGAGGCCAAUAGAAUAUUUGGAAGCAUUUCAAACAAGGAUGUUGUUGCAUGGAAUUCAAUGUUAUCAGGUUAUGCUGAGAAUAACAUGUGCAAUGAUGCUCUGAUGCUCUUCAAACAAAUGAGUCUGAAGGGCCCUUCACCUGAUGCCAUCUCUGUGGUGCAUGCCCUGUCAGCUUCUGUUUGUCUGGGUGAUCUACUUAUUGGUAAAUCCUUCCAUGGUUAUGCUGUUAAGCAUGCAUUUCUGUCCAAUAUUUAUGUCAGCACUGCUCUGCUGAAUCUGUACAACAAGUGUGGCGAUCUCCCAUCUGCUCGUAGGGUGUUCGAUGAGAUGAAUGACCGUAAUUCUGUGACUUGGUGUGCUAUGAUUGGUGGUUAUGGAAUGCAAGGCGAUUCUGCAGGUUCCAUUGAUCUUUUCGGUGAAAUGCUGAAAGAUGGUGUCCACCCAAAUGAUGUAGCAUUCACAAGCAUCUUAUCCACUUGCAGCCAUACUGGGAUGGUUACUGCAGCGAAAAGGUAUUUUGAUAGCAUGGCACAACAUUUCAACAUCACACCUUCCAUGAAACAUUACGCUUGUAUGGUCGAUGUGCUAGCCCGUGCAGGAAAUCUAGAGGAGGCAUUGGAGUUUAUAGAUAAUAUGCCAAUGCAAGCAGACACUAGUGUCUGGGGAGCGUUUCUCCAUGGAUGUGAGCUCCACUCAAGGUUACAGUUUGGAGAAGAAGCUAUCAAGAGGAUGAUGGUGCUUCAUCCUGAAAGACCAGAUUUAUAUGUGCUGAUAUCAAACCUGUAUACCUCAAAUGGAAUGUGGGAAAAAUCUCAAGCUAUCCGGAGAUGGAUGCAGGAGAAAGGACUAGUCAAGUUACCUGGGUACAGCUCCAUUGGUCGUGAAAAUGGAUGACUGAACUGAACAGAACAGAAAAGUUUCUCCUUUUCACAUUGUAUGGCAGUGGAAACAGGAUGUGUAGAAUUUUUCGAUAUGCCAAUUUGUUAUGGUAGUAAAAAGUGAAAGCAACCAAUGAGGCCGAGUGAGAUUAGGAUAGUAGCAACACUAUCUCUGGAGUUUUAUAUCCAGUUGCAGCGAACAGAUUGUUCGUUCCUUUUAGCAUGAUUCUUGAAGAGGUGCAGCCAACAGAUAGGCUAUGCUAAGUGCUUUCAAUUGCUGCAGCAUUUCAGCCUUCAUUUUGCAGCAUUGUUUAUGGUGAAGUCGUGGUGAAUUAAACUGUGCUAGGCUUGUUUGUCUUGAGCUGACCACAAUCUCAAUUCACAGGCAACGGCCAUAUCAAAAUUUCACUACUAAUGUUACUGAUGCUGUAUGCGCGAGGCUAUACUCAUGUGACCUUGCUAAGAACCUUCAGUGACCUACAGAGGAUACUGGAAUGUCUCAGUCAUAUGCUGAACGCCAUCUAGGUUGAGCUCGCAGCCAAGCACUGGCAGUCUGUAAUUAGGUAGGAACAACACCCAAAGUACUUCAAAGUUAUUUCUCUUUCUUACUUGUCAUUUGACGAAGCAUGUUUAUCACUCGUCUCUCUUAAUUCUUCGUCACCCAAAUUACUUAAUCUUUUUUUCA